AUGAAGGAGAACAAAUCCACUGCAAAACCUGUGAAACACUCAUCUUUGAACCCUUCCAUGGCUGCCUCCAAUGCAACCACUACCUCCAUGACCACUGCAUCAACACUCCUCGCUCUCUUGAACACCCAUCUCACUCCUUACCCCUCAUCCCAUUUCCCACCUAUUCUAAUGGAUCCGACUCUUGUAAUGCUUGUGGUUUUGAAGCAAACUCCGUUCAAUGAUAAAAGUGUCAUUUUUGGAUGUGAUGUGUGUGGUGUGGCGGUGGAUAAGAGGCAAUGGGUGUACUACUGUGCUGGUUAUGAUUUUGGGACACAUUUGAAUUAUGUAAAGCCUCCGGGACUGCUAGUUUGCCAGUGA